UGCUUACUUCUACGUCACUUCCGCCGCGGCUCGUUGUGUGCGUUUUCGUGCAAAGAUGGCGUCUGCACAGUUAACGGAUGAGGAGCUUUUUUCUGAAUUAAAACGACUGGGGUUUGCCCCCGGCCCGGUGACGGAAAACACUCGGCCCGUGUAUCUGAAGAAGCUGAAAAAGCUGCGGGAGGAGCAGCCACAGCCUCGAGGUUCCCGGAGCGGGAAAGGGCGCAACAGCACCGGGGCGAUCAACAACGGCGGUGGUAGUGGUAACGCCGCGGCGCGAGCUCCGGGAUUGAGCGCCAGGCCACCGGGCAGUGACGUCACGCGUCGGAGCUCUAGCGGACGUCCGACGCCUAGCGAAAAGCGCACUACAGACAGAACCGGAAAGUUCGUUCUGGGCUUUAGCUCGGACGAGUCGGACGUGGAGGCGUCGCAAAAGAAAGCAGGCCCGAAUCACGGCGGCGCCAGCAGGAGAGACCGCGGAUCUGCGACGCAGACACCCAUCAGGCCUGCGGGAACACCCGCCGCCUCUCGCAGGAGCGAGCACAGAUAUUCUCUCGGGUUAUCCGUGGACAGAAAGAGCACAUCUCCGUGGUUGGCUAAAUCCAGCAUAAACGCAGAUGAUCGAGAUAACGGUGAGCCUGACGACGAUUUAGAGGAAACUGAGACUAAUAGCCGGGCUCUGAACGGGAAUAAGACGUUUUACGUGUCGAGUAGUCGUAAUAGUAGUACGCUAGUCAAGGAUUACUCCGAUACCGACGAGGAGGAGGAAGAAGAGGAGGCUGAUCGAGACCGUCCCCGCCGUUUCAUUUCCAGACACAGUCCGCCGAAAACCGGGUACAUAAGCGCCCCGGGCUCGGAGAAAACGGCGGCCGGUGCAUAUGAUACUCCAGACUUCAGGAGCCCAGUCAUGGCUGAGAAACAGAGGGAGGACGAUGACAAGGAACCGAGGGAGUUCGGUGCAGGCUUCAUGCGCCACAGCUACCCCCAGCGAUCCAGUGUGUUCUCAGUGGACGACAGUAAGAACACCAACCCGUCCGCUUUUACAAAGAACCACAUCGAUAACGGAGAAAGCGAGACCACCGGCGACAACAUCAGCAGCAGGUUUAGUAUCGGACUGAGACCGCGGUUCUCCUCUUACGCGACCUACCGGCCGAACCACUCGAACCAUACCGGCUCGAACCACUCCUACAGUCAUUCCUCACCCCUCAAGCCCAAGCAGCACACCACGGUGCCGGAGGACGAGCUCCUGCAGCAGUUUAAACGAGAGGAGGUGUCCGCCACCGGGGGCUUCAGCGCGCAUUACCUGUCCAUGAUCCUCCUGACGGCCGCCUGCCUGUUCUUCUUGGUCCUGGGUCUCAUGUACUUGCGGAUGCGGGGUUCCGGCACCUCAGAGGCGGAUGCAGUCAUUAAGAGCCACCCAUUUGGACCCGAGUUUGAUAAGCUCUAUGACGUCAAAGAGCGAGACCUCAUCCUGAACCUUCUCCUUUCUCUACAUGACUACCUGGCCAAUAUUGCAGGAGAACAUGAUUGUGGGGAUCCUAAUAAUCCUUUAAACAGAAGCGUCUCCUUCAGUGAAGCCUUAGAGUACCUCAAGCUCCAAAACAAAGCCUAUGAAAACUUUAUUGAAACGUCUUUAGAAUGGGUCAUGAAAACCAAAGAUGUUGUGGGAAUAAGGUUGAUCGCUGCUAACCCUGAUCAACCCAUAGAGUAUGUAUCGGAGAUCUCAAGGCUGGAGUCCAUCUAUCCCCGGAUGUCUUUCUUCUGUCGCUUCAGACGGGCCUUCUUCACCGUCAUCUACAGAGUUCUGUUCAUCCUCGCAGGCAUCGGUGUAGUUUGGGGUGUGGUGUAUUACAUGAAAUACAGAUGGCGGAGAGAAGAAGAGGAAACCAGGCAGAUGUACGAGAUGGUGGAGAGGAUCAUCGAUUUAAUGAGGAGCCACAAUGAAGCCUGCCAGGAGAAUAAGGACCUGCAGCAGUAUCUUCCCAUUCCUCAUGUCCGUGACUCUCUGGUCCAGCCACAGGAAAGAAAAAAGAUGAAAAAAGUAUGGGACCGGGCUGUUAAGUUCCUUUCAGCCAACGAGUCUCGCAUUCGGACAGAAACCCAGAGAAUCGGAGGUGCGGACUUCAUGGUGUGGAGGUGGCUUCAGCCCUCAAUGUCACCUGAUAAGAUGUCCAGCGUGCCCUCCAAAGUGUGGCAAGGCAAAGCAUUUCCACUGGACCGAAGAAAUUCACCACCAAACAGCUUAACGCCAUGCUUGAAGAUUCGCAACAUGUUCGACCCAAUAAUGGAGGAGGGGGAGAACUGGCACCUCGCCAUUCAAGAAGCCAUUUUGGAGAAAUGCAGUGAUAACGAUGGGAUCGUUCACAUAGCUGUUGACAAAAACUCAAGAGAGGGUUGUGUUUACGUAAAGUGCCUUUCAGCAGAGCAUUCUGGGAAAGCCUUUAAAGCACUUCAUGGCUCCUGGUUUGAUGGUAAGCUUGUGACGGUGAAGUAUCUGCGCCUGGAUCGCUACCACCAGCGUUUCCCACAAGCCCUGGGCUGCAACACACCCCUCAAGCCCACCAGCUCCAGCAUGAACAGCAUGUCACGGCUGAACCAGCGAUCCAGCAGAUCUAACUUGCUGAGUUUCUCUUGAGGGAUGUGUUGACCACCACCACCACCAUCUUCUCCAUCUUUUUUUUGCUAUACAUGACGCUCCUGCAUCCUCCUUACCAAUGAGAACCGUAAUGGGAGCCUUCACAGAUGGGCAACUUUAGUCCACCCUGUCAGCUAUAUGCAAGCGAUGGUGUGUAAACCUGUGAGCUGCUGUUAUUGUUUCUUCCCGUCCUUUAGUAUCGGGCAAAGCAAGAUGUGGACAUUGGUGCAUAUCUAGUGGAAAGAGAGCUGCUUGGUUCAUUAACAACUUUAUGGAGAGAUGGACACCAUGAUUAUUUCCUUCCCAUAUCUGGGAACACACAAGUUUCUCCAUGUAUUUUCUUUAUUCUCUUUUGAUACGCCGUCUUCACGGAUUCAAGGACACAAAAUGGCUUCCAGCUCCAUUUAAAAAAACAUAAAUGAAAGUGAUCAUAUGGUUAUUUUCUGCUUUUUUUACACAACUAACUCCCCUCCUUAAUUUCAAGGAGCUAUGUUGGGCUACAUAGCUGCAUGUGCUGGUUAAAGUAUGCCUAUAUUUAAGCUUUGAAUUGUAUCAUAUAUUGUGGAUGUUUAUUUUCCUGAGGAUGUUUUAGAUUAUGUAUUCCCUUUAUUCUUUUUCUUUAUUUCUAGUUUUUUUUUAGUCCAAGACCGACAUGCACACGCUCUAGAUAAAGGGGUGCUGUAAAUAUCUCAUUGAAUGGUGGUGGGGGUUAAAAUCAUCUGUAUAAAAUUAAAAUCGUCAUAAGCUGUUGUUCGUUUCUUGCCAACAGAAUAACUACACUGAUUUUGCUGCAUUUGGAGAUGUCGUAUGGCAGUUUGUACCACAGGGUCAUAUUUUACAUCGCUUUAAAAGCGUAAUGAACAAUGGUUCGGAUCCCUUUUAACGCUUUGUUUUGGAACACUAGUCUCAAUUGUUACAGCUUGAUUAUAUUAAAGUAUAUAAUUAUUUACUGUUGUUUAUAUUUGAAAAGUUAUGCUUUUUUCCAUUAUAAUUGGUGCAGAUAUCCAUCUUUUUUCCUUGCACAUAUCUUGAAAAUUUUAAUUCCACUCUGUCGCUGUUUUUAAAUGUCCCCAGCCUUUCUAAAAAUUCCAACGGUGACAUUUUUGAUUGAAGGUCGUCUUUCUUGUACACAAUUGUGGUGCAGUCACAGCCUCUCGGUCGAGAUCUGACGAUCCGCUCUGAUUAUAAUUUGUACUGGGAAACAUUCAUAAACAGAGAGCAUGUCAUGCUAUGUUCAUGUUUAUUUUGGAUCACAGAAAGAAUUUAUCAGCUUUUGUUUAGAUCCAGGUUGGGUUGAUAUGAGGUAAAUAAAAUGUACUUGUUUAUAAAUAA